AAGCAACUUAUAGGUUGUGUUAGUCUCUCUGCCACAACCACCCCUUCUCGCAGUAGUCGUCAAUUGCUCUAGGUGACCAUGGAAUCAACCACCCACACACCCCCUAACGCAUGGUGAUCACAAUACACCGGCCAUAAAUUGUAGAGGAUCGAGAUACCGACUUCACCAAUCAGUACUUCCCUGACACCUUGAGAUAAACAAUGGAAACAUCUACACUUUUGAUAUAGUUGCUAGUAAUCACAAUAAGCAGUUAUACAUAAGGAAAGGAUCAAGAACCUAUACUAUGGGUUACUCUCCAUAACCUCAAGGUGUCGUGGCUGAACUACUCACACCUUGACAUCAUGAACAAAACUAAACUAUGAACAAAACAGAAAAUAAAAAAGAGAACUUUAUUGGAUGAAUGCAAGUGUUACAAGCUUAAAUUGAUGCCUUUUACAAAGGGGAGAGGGGCUAUAUAUCAAUAAACCUUACAAUAGGAUUCGCCCAAAGUGCUACUGUUGAUUGCAAAAUUUCGGUUGCCCUGCUCCUGUUCACCAUUCCAAAUCCCCUUCCAUGUCGAUUCCCUUUUUCUUCUUUGUUCUGUCGAUUCCCUUUUUCUUCUUUGUUCUGUUGCGAUUCCCUUUUUCUUCUUUGUUCUGUCGAUUCCCUUUUUCUUCUUUGUUCUGUUGCGUUUCUCAUUCCUUUUCCUGUUUUGUUUUGAUACAUUUAAUGCCUUUUGUAUUCUGACAAAUUCUCGCAGGCUUUCCUUGCCUCGCGUCCCGAGUAUUACUUAGUUUAUUUGUUUACUUCCUUAUUGCUUUUGAUUAUAUAUAGUCUGAUGGUGUGGGUUGUAUUCUUCAUUCCUUUCGCUUGAUUCUUCUUCUUGUUAUUUGCUUAAUUUCUUUGUUUACUUAUUUUUGCUUUUGUUGCUCACUUCAAUGGCUCCUAGGAUUGAUUACUUGUCCGAGGUGGUUCCCGGAAGAACAGCUUGGAGGUUUACGGUUAGGGUUGCCAGAAUUUGGGAGGUUUCCACUUAUCUCAAAAAUAACCAGGUUAACUCCGUUGAAAUGGUGCUUGUUGAUUCAAAGGGUACCAAGAUCCAUGCCACUGUAAGAAAACAAUUGCUCUAUUUGUUCCAGCGGAAGUUGGACGAGGGGUUGGUUUAUACCAUGUCCUUCUUUACCGUUGCUUGCAGCGCUGGUGCGUAUCGGACUACUUUGCAUCCUUACAAACUUGUGUUUCAGAUGAAAACUAGGGUUGAGUUGUCCGAGUGUCCUGAAAUAUCUCGCUUUGGUCUCUCUUUGAGUACCAUUGCUGAAAUCCGUGCUCUUCCUGCUGAAUAUGAUCAUUUGGUUGAUGUUGUUGGACUUCUUACUGGAGUAUCUCGUGAACGCGAGUAUUUAAGGGAUAGCAGAGUUACCAAGAUGAUUGUUAUUGAACUUACUGAUCACACUGGAAAGUGUGAGUGUGCCUUGUUUGGUGAUUAUGUUGGCCAGUUUCUCGAGAUGGUUGGGAAGAAAACUGAUUACAUGCCUGUUGUUAUUGUUCAGUUUGCCAAAGUUAAACUCUUCAGAGACGAGGUGUCUAUUCAGAAUGUUAUUAAUACCACUAGGUUGUUGGUUGACCCUCCCAUUGCUGAGGCUGUUGGUUUUAAGGAUAGGCUUGCUUCUCAUGGCAUCAAUGCUGCUACUUCCAUUGUUGUUCUUGGUCCUCGUGUUAGGCCUUCUAUGGAGGAGGAUUUCCUUCAUAGUUAUCCUAUUAUAACUAUUUCUGGGUUGAAUUCAUUAACUUCUGAUGGGGUUUUUGUCGUUUCUGCCACUAUAAUUGGUGUGGUUGCUGAUGAGGAUUGGUGGUAUCCUGCUUGCAAGUGUCACAAGAGUGUGUCCCCUGACUCUAGUGCCUACUAUUGUGGUCGUUGUGUUAAGCAUGUCUUCCAGAUGAUACCUCGUUUUAGGGUUAAGCUCCGUGUUACUGAUGGUGGUGGAGAUGGCGUUUUUGUUGUGUUUGAUGGUGAUAUGCAGUAUCUUCUUGGGGAUCAGUGUGCUACUUUGGUCGCCCGUGCAGCUGUAAUUUUUACUCCUUUGUUUUUGUUGUGUCUUUGUUUUGAUAGAGCACACAAGUGAUAUUGGCUGGAAGGA